AGGAGGAGGGGGGGGGUCUGUGCUCUGUGUCGACGGCUGUAAGCAGCGACAGCAGCGAAAGGCCCCGCCUCCUCCUCCUCCUCCUCCUCCUCCAGCAACAGGGACCCGUUGUAAGGCGGUGUUGUUGUUGUUGUUGUUGUUGGGGGGGCUCACCCGGCCGGCCAACAAAGCCCAGCGCCGUCGCCCUUUUCUGGUUCUUCAGACUCCAACAGGUUACAGGCACUGCCUCUUCUGUUUGCCAUUGAAGAUAAACUGCUAAAAGCUGAGGCAAGAAGAUUAAUUUGGGGACGUUUUGACUCAUAAGUCUGUACAGAAGUAUCUUUCUCAAGGUCCCUUGGUGUUUAUUAAAACAUCCCACAAUGCAUGUGUCUUGAUCUUUAGACAUAUACUAUCUAUCUGGAUGUCACCAGCAUUUCCCAUGUUGACAGUUCUGAGCAUGUUUUAUUAUAUUUGCCUUCGGCGCCAAGCUAGGACAGCUACAAGAGGAGAGCAAAUGAACAACCGGAGAGCCAUUGAAUCAAACAGAACCUUACCUAUUGAUGUGGAAUUAGUCCAGUAUGCCAAAGAAGUGUUGGAUUUCAGUUCUCAUUAUGGUAGUGAAAACAGCAUGUCAUAUACCAUGUGGAAUUUGGCAGGAACUCCUAAUGUGUACCCUAGCUCUGGUGACUUCACGCAGACUGCAGUAUUUAGAACUUAUGGAACAUGGUGGGAAAUGUGCCCUAGUGCACGGGCACCUUUCACAAGGACACCACCCGAUUUCCACAGUCAAGACUAUGUAGAACUUGCUUUUGAGGAGCAAGUGUAUCCUACAGCAAUACGUGUUCUGGAAACAUAUCACCCUGGUGCUGUCAUUAGGAUUUUGGCAUGUUCUGCAAGUCCAUAUUCCCAAAAUCUGUGCGCUGAAGUAAGGUGGGAAACCCUUUGGUCUGAGCCACCUUCCAAGGUGAAUUCAUCUCAAGCACGUCAAUUUAUGCCUAGUAUCAAACAGAUAAACUUUCCUACAAAUUUAAUACGACUGGAAAUAAACAGUUCCCUUUUGGAUUAUUACACUGAAUUGGAUGCAGUAGUUCUACAUGGCUUAAGAGAGAGGCCUGUACUUUCACAUAAUACUUCAGUUAUUGGUAUGAAUGAUCUGGGUAAUGAUGAAGAUGAAGAGAGAAACAGCUGCAGUAUGGACAGUCUUAAUAAACAGUUCCGUGCUGCUGGCUUCAGGGAAUGGACAACUAAUGGAUACUUUGAUAAAUUGCCUUAUGAGCUUAUCCAACUGGUUUUGAGUCACCUUACAGUUCCAGAUCUGUGUCGACUGUCACAGACAUGUAAACUACUCUAUCAACACUGUUGUGAUCCUUUACAGUAUAUUCACCUCAGUUUGCAGCCUUAUUGGGCAAGGAUAAAUGACACAGCAUUGGAACACCUACAGUCUCGUUGUAUCCUUGUCCAGUGGCUGAAUUUAUCUUGGGCAGGGAACAGAGGAACCAUUUCCCUUUCUGCCUUUAGCAGGUUUCUGAAAGUUUGUGGCUCGGAAUUAGUGCGUCUAGAGUUGUCUUGUAGCCAUUUUCUCAAUGAGGCUUGCUUGGAGGUUAUUGCUGAGACAUGUUUGAAUCUUCAGGAGUUAAAUCUCUCCUCCUGUGAUAAACUGCCACCUCAGGCCUUCAACCACAUUGCCAAAUUACGUAACCUUACACGGCUAAUUCUUUAUCGGACGAAAGUAGAGCAAACAGCACUGCUCAGCAUUCUCAACUUCUGUUCAGAACUCCAGCACCUUAGCCUGGGUAGCUGUGUAAUGAUUGAAGACUAUGACACAAUUGCUAGUAUGAUGGGAGCAAAGUGCAAAAAACUUCAAACACUGGAUUUAUGGCGAUGUAAAAACAUUACUGAAAAUGGAAUAGCAGAGCUAGCUACUGGCUGUCCCUUGUUAGAGGAGCUUGACCUUGGCUGGUGCCCGACACUUCAGAGCAGCACUGGCUGCUUUGCAAAACUAGCCCGCAAACUCCCAAACUUGCAAAAGCUUUUUUUGACAGCCAACAGGUCUGUGUGUGACUCAGACAUAGAGGAACUUGCUGCAAAUUGUACUAAUCUCCGACAGCUUGAUAUUUUGGGCACAAGAAUGGUAAGCCCUGCAUCUUUAAGAAAAUUGCUGGAAUCUUGUAAAGAGCUUUCCUUACUUGACGUGUCCUUCUGUUCACAAAUUGAUAAUAGAGUUGUCCUAGAACUGAAUGCCAACUUUCCUAAUGUGCUCAUCAAGAAGAGCUUCACUCAGUGACUCAGUUCAUAUGCUGCUAUAUGGAACUGAUUUGACAAUCUUCCUUCCUGUGAAUAUGUGAUUCCUUUUUUCAAAGAAAAAAAUAUCCUGUGAAUAAUGAAGAAAAGGUUAACUCUUCUUAAUAUGAAGGUUAAAUGGGAAAUCAAAGAUUUAAAUUGGGAUAGGCCAUUAUUCCACUUGCUAUAUAUGGCAAAUGGGCCUCCAUGUUGAAAUGGAAAGAAUCAUGUAAAUGUAAAGUGGCAGAUAUUUAAAUGCACAUUUAAUAGUAGUAGGAUAGUAACGUUAAAAUAAAUUUGUAACACUGACUAACUGACAAAUUGAAGAGCGUACUCUAUUUUAAUUUUUGUUAUUGGCCUUUAAGAGGCGGACAUGCUUUGGUCAUAGGUAGACCUCAGAUGUCUGAAGUGCAAAUUAAACUCAUUUUGUUGUAACAGUAGCUCCUUUAAGAUUGCCAUUUGUUUAAAGGGGUUUGCCUUUUAAUAUUUAUUUCUAAUAAAUGAAUUGCUGUUAAGUGUG